AUGGACUGCAAGAAGUUUAUCCAGAUGGUGGAGGAGAAGAAGAGAAGGGUCCUAGAGAAGAGAGAAGCUCCUUUGAAAUGGGAGCAGAAGCUUGAGGCGGCUGCCAAUGCUAGAGUUGAUACAGAAACCAAAGAAAAGAAGUCAAAGGGUGCUAAGCGAAAACAAAAGGGUGCGUCUGACUCUAGCUCUGAAAGUGAUAUUAGCUCUGGGGUGAGAAGAAAGUCAAGGGGAUUCCACAGUAAGCACCACCGACGACAUGCACACUCUGAUUCAGAUGACAGUGAUAAGAGGAGAGAGAAGAAAUCGAGGAGGCAGAAGAGAAGGUCCUCCUCAAGUCCAAGCGAUGAUAGCAGUCAUGAGUAUGGAAGCGGGUCAGAGGAUGAGCUCAGGACAAAGAUAAGGCACCACCGGAGGCACAAGUGGCAUAGCUCAAGACAGACCUGUGAUGAUGACAAUACUGAAGAUGUGAGAAGAAGACAACAUUUGAAGCAUCAUAGGCGCAGUGAGGUGGUCACUUCGAGUGAUAGUGAAGAAGAGGGUGGAAGAAGAAGACGGGGGAAAUAUCACAGGCACAACAGAGGUUCAGCCUCCUCCAGUGACAUGGAGGAUAGCGUGAAAAGUAGAAAGAGGAGGCAGCAUAAAAGGCAUCAUCGGGCUGAGUCUACAAGUGAAGACGAUGGAGCAAUGAAAAGAAGUCAUCAUAAAAAUGACAGAGAGUCAGCAUCCGAGCCUGAUGGAAGAUGGAUAUCAGAUGAGAAAAGAGAGCACAGCAUAGACAAGUGA